CAUCCACUCCAAUCCCCCACCCGGCUUCAGUCCGCGGAAAGCUUCACUUCGCUCGUUCUUCCUCCCUCGCUGGUUCCUGCGUCCUCCCAUCCCUCGCUGGCUUGUCCUCCGUCCCAACGGGCCCGUUUCCCUGCUAGCCCCAUUCACUGCAACCCGAAUCUGCGGGAUUCCCGACAGGAUCUCCCGACAAACAUCCGACCUGCUUCUCACCUGAGCUCGCGCGACCUGUACAUCCGAUAGCUACGGUCCUUCCCUCCCCUCCGUUCAGUUCUCCGCCGCAAGGAAUUCGGAGAAGACAGCCUCUUGGCCAUCCCUUUCACCUCUACGGGCGAUUGAUCUACCUCCCACUGGCAAGAUGCCUGACGUCAAGAGAAAUGUCAGACUGGUGACGGAACAACACAUCGUGAAUAAGGAUUCUGGCGUUGAAGGAUUCCCCCUCCGUUCAUGGUCAAUCGAGAUCUACGUUGUCAACGAGCACGGCGAGCAGGUGCCUGCAAAUGUCUUCGACAAGGUGACAUACACACUGCAUCCUAGUUUCGGCGAAAGGGCCGUUCAGGUCUUCAAGAACCCCCCGUUUAGAAUUUCAGAAGAGGGAUGGGGUGAGUUCGACAUGCAGAUUGGUCUCACUGCCGCCGACAAGGAGCAUUUUGUUACGCACGAUCUCAACUUUGCCCAGCCUCGUUAUGAAUCGAAGCAUGUUAUUACGUUCAAGAACCCCAAACCUGCCCUUUUAGCUGCCCUUCGCGAAUCCGGGCCUGUCCCUGGAGAUGAGAACGGCGUGAAGUCGAAACGCUCCGCAGCCGGAGAGGAGGGAUCCAAGAAGAAGAAGCGGACGGAGAAGAGCGUUGAUAUGGACAAACUGGCCGAUGGUCUGCAGCGACUCGGCGAAGAUGACCUCCUCCAGGUCGUACAGAUGGUGCACGACAACAAAGCCCCAGACUCGUAUACCAAGAACGAUGUUGAGCAGGGCGAAUUCCACGUCGAUCUCUACACCCUGCCAGAUACCUUAAUCAAGAUGCUGUGGGAUUUCACACAGGAGAAAGGCGCUCUGUGAAAACAGUUUCUUUCUUUCUUUUUUUUGGGCGAUUGCUACUACUACGUAUUGUAUUCUGUUUUCCCAAGUUGUCUUACCUUACCUCCCUACCUAUCUAUCCAUCUACCACCCUCACCACUUAUUGCAUCUAUGAUCCUGAUUCAUCCUACUAUUACCUUCCUUCUUUGCUUUACCUUGAUGUAUUGUGUAUCUUUGGGCUUUUGACAGGAAAUGAAUGGAAUGGAAUGGCCGUACAGUAAGUAAACGAAUAAGCAAACAAGCGAACGAGAGAG